UGUUCUUCUGCAUAUUUACAGACAUAAUGAUUGUGUGGACUUGUUUUGAUCUUGAACAAUAGAAGCUAACUGAGCUGAAUUCUCACAGAAGGAUUUGCUUGCAUCUGCGAGCCACUAAUGAGGAGUUAUUUUUAUUUUGGUGCAGCCGCUGUUGAGUCUCGGCGACGUUUGCUUCAAAGUUAAUUAUCCCUGACCGUGGCCUUAAUCUUCACCCUGACGUGACCCCAUAAGAAGUUAGCAUGACGAUGCAAACCAGGGAGCGUUAACGGUCUUCAGUACGACCUCCACCGCAGCGUCCGUCCUGCCUUCUACAAGCCAAGAACCAACUCAACCCUCUCGUUGGCGGAAGCCAUGUGUCCUAAUCCCCAUGUGUGGUUUCCAGACCUCAGCCAAUGACAGCACUCAGAUUAGGCAGGGAGUCAAUCCAAUAGUGUUUUCCUUAGUCGGGACAACUGCGACUUGUCUGAGAAUAGACAAACUCAAAGCGUUAAAACUGCCGUGGUUUGAUUGGUUUGGCCAACUUUUCUGUUUGGGACUAUCGAAUCUUUGAUGAGCACUGAACUCCUCUGCUUGAUCCAGCCAAGAAGAGUCAAAUAGAGAUGCCAUCCCCAUUCGGAGCAGGCCAAACCCACGAGAAGAAGAUCGGCCACAGAAGAGUCGACGCCUCGGGAGAAACCACCUACAAGAAGACCACCUCCUCCGCCUUAAAGGGGGCCAUCCAAUUGGGUAUUGGAUACACCGUUGGCAACCUAAGCUCCAAGCCCGAGAGAGAUGUGCUCAUGCAGGACUUCUACGUGGUGGAGAGCAUCUUCUUCCCCAGUGAGGGCAGCAACCUCACGCCAGCCCACCACUUCCCAGACUUCAGGUUUAAAACGUACGCGCCCGUGGCUUUCCGCUACUUCCGGGAGCUGUUUGGGAUACGACCAGACGAUUACCUGUAUUCCCUCUGUAACGAGGCACUCAUCGAGUUGACCAACCCAGGAGCCAGUGGCUCCAUAUUCUACGUCACCCGGGAUGACGAGUUCAUCGUCAAAACUGUCCAACACAAGGAGGCGGAGUUUUUACAGAAGCUUCUACCUGGUUACUACAUGAACUUGAACCAGAACCCUCGGACGCUGCUGCCCAAGUUCUUCGGCCUCUACUGUGUCCAAAGCGGGGGUAAAAACAUCCGGGUCGUGGUGAUGAACAACAUCCUACCGCGCUCCGUACGCAUGCACCUGAAAUUUGACCUGAAGGGCUCCACUUACAAGAGGCGAGCGUCCAGGAAAGAGCGAGAGAAGUCCAAACCCACUUUUAAAGAUCUGGACUUUUUGAGUGAUGUUCCCGAGGGCCUCAAUCUGGACCAGGACACAUACAGUGCUCUGGUGAAAACUCUGCAAAGAGACUGUCUGGUCCUGGAGAGUUUUAAGAUCAUGGACUACAGUUUGCUCCUCGGGGUCCACAACAAGACACAAGCAGAGAGUGAGCGGCAGUCCCGGGGUUCGCCAGCAGAUGGCACGGAUGAGACGCGGCCCCUCGCCCAGAGAGCUCUGUACUCCACUGCAAUGGAGUCUAUACUGGGAGGGUCCACGUGCAGGGAAACCCUGGACCACGACGACACAAUGGGCGGCAUCCCGGCUGCGGGAGUCAAAGGAGAGCGCCUCCUCUUGUUCAUCGGUAUCAUCGACAUCCUGCAGUCCUAUCGGUGGUCUAAGAAAAUGGAGCACUCCUGGAAGUCUCUCAUCCAUGAUGGGGACACGGUGUCCGUUCACAGGCCCGCUUUCUACGCUGAGCGCUUCUACAAGUUCUGCAGCAACGUGGUCUUCAGGAAGAGUUGCUCAUUGAGGCCGUCCCCGUCCAAAAGAGGAAGAGUUCUCUCCGUGCACAAGUCCGCCGCCGGUGGAUCUGGACUGAGCAGCCAGCAUCCCUCGCAGAGUGAGGAGAGGCAAGAAAACCCGGACAACCUGCGAGGACCUCACGGCUUCCUGGUGCUGGAGGACGGAGGGCGAGAGCCGCCUUGCACGCCUCCCUCCUUUGAAGACGCCACCACCGCUUCCAUCGCCACCACGCUCUCCUCCGACAGCUCCUCACCCGCCACGCCCUUCGAUACACCCGAGCACCCGCGCAGCCGGAGACAAAUGCUCCCACCAUAUAUGUCCAAUUCUAGGUGCCACAAAGAGGUAGUUGAAGUUCACGAGAAGAAGCAGGACACUAUAACGGUGGAGGUGGAGCUCAGUCAAAUCCCGGCCAGCACGGAGCUCACACAGAGGACGCCCUCGCCAGCUGACAAUCAGCCCAGCUUCAUUCCUCCUCCUCUCAGUCCUUCAUCUGCACAUUCCUCAUCCACCCUUCCUCCCACCACUGCUCCAUCAGCUCGCCAGUCCUCCUCCACGCUUUCCAGUUCCAUCCGCCCGUCCACCAAAGCCCUCAGCUCCCCCCACACCCACACGGUCCUUCACCCGACACCAACCACCGUGACCCCCUCGGCCCGCAAUGUGGCGACCGUGCCGCCCUCCUCCGCCUUCACCCCCAUCUGUCCUGCACCGUCUCAGUCCUCCCCUCAUCUCGCUGCCACUCCCCCCAGCAGUCCUCCGGCCCGGCAGGACUCCAUCAACCAGAUGUCUAAGUCCAGCAGCCACAACUCACUGGACGGGGAGGUGCAGGUGUCUGAUAUCUACUUUUAUGCAGACGGCAGAUACUGGGUGUACUCCCCGGUUCUCGGCCGCCGUAAGCUAAACUCCUGCUCCAGUUACGCUCCUCAGGACGAGCGUAGCAAUGCACUUUCUCCUCUUUCCGACUCGGAGGACGACUUGGCGUCAGGAAGGACGGAGAAGCUGUGACGUGUUUCCCAGUGUGUGAUAUUUGAAGUGCAUGUGGACUUUUCACUUUAAAUGUAACUUUACGACAUUUAUACUCGUCCCUGAAGGCAGCAGCAGCAGAAAGAAGAAGAAGAAUGGCCACUAUGCAACAUGGACGCUUAAAUGGGACAAGCGGUAGUAAAUGGAUGGGUUGUGUUGCUCAUUUGCACUUUUAAACGCACUUUUAAAAUCAUCCAUUUGCAAAAUACAUUUUUGUGUUUGUUGCUGCACGGAAUAAAGGGCAUGUGACGAUGACGUCAUCAUAGCAGAACUGGCGAGGCAGCGUUUGAUUUGACGAUGACGUCAUUUGUAACCAUGACGACGACACGUAUCGAACACG